AUGACCGACCUCUACGAUUCGGACGAUGCCAUGAAUCGGUCACCUCCACCAGUGGCGGUGUGCCCCAAGUAUGAGCCCGACGAUGCCCGGCCCCCAUUCGUCCCUCCGUCCGACGAUGUCACCGAGAAAGGCGACAAGGGAACGCCAGAACGUUCCCGUAAGCCGCACCAGCCGGAAACCCAGACACACACCCGUUUCGGCGACUCGGUGCUGAUCAACUUUCUAGCUCCAGGCCGUCCCGAUAUCGCGGCCUAUGAGCGCGACAACUCCUUGACGGACUGUUUCAGAAAGAACCGGAGCCCAGUCGAUAAGAAGCCAUUGGAUGGACCAGGAGGAUUGGUUUCCAAACCGAUCGAACCGCCCAAGCCCACCACCGCCGAACCCGUGAGUCUCAAGGAAGAAGAACCUCUCGAGAAAUCUCUGGGAGACCAGCCUAGGAAAGACCAUGAGCGGCCACUGUCACCACCGAAUAAGCUCCCAACUCCCUUACCCCGGCUGGCGCCGUCCGUGGAUACUCCUCGCUCUCUCGACUUCCCGUCUCCGGCACAACGUCCGCAUCGUCUCAGCGUCUCCACCCUCACACAUCCAGAACGAAAACUUUCGCUUGAUCAUCAUCCUCUCAGUGACAUCAAACAAUCUCCCGAGCUGAAGAAUCGCUUCUCCCUCCCGUCUUUACAGUCGCUCUCGCCUCCAUCAUCAUGCGCAGCAACAUCUCCAGAGAACGGCGGCACUAACAAUAGCAGUGGUAAUCCCAACACUCAGGUGCUUCCAUCUAUUCAAUCAGCACUCAGCGGACUCUCCUCGAGCGAUUUCCCUCCAGCACGACUCAAUGCCAUCUCGCCUUACUCAUACCCGCCCUCCUCAUCGUCACAAAAUGAUUCACCCCAUGAUCGGCAAUUGACAAGGCAAUUUUUCCCGCCAUCUCAGAUGCCCACGCCAUAUUCACACUUUUCCCCCGUGAGUGCCAAGGACGCAUCGAACAAUCCGUCGCCGGCGACAUCGUCAUAUUGGAGACCUCCACUACCAGCACCCCCACCCCCACCACCUCCUCCUCCACCAUCACAACCUGCGGAGACCCCACACCAUGCGCCUACUCCAUACGAUAUGUCUCCUAUGACAGCGAAGAGUCCAGCAACGAGCUACCCAACACCGACUGAGCAAAUUGCCCCAACUCCCCCAGCUGGUGAGCGAGCUGCAUUUAAUGCUGCACCGCAACCACCCAAUGGGCUCACAGUGCCGGGUAGCUACAAGUGCACACAUCCUGGUUGCACGGCGGCACCUUUCCAGACGCAGUACCUCCUCAAUUCCCAUGCCAAUGUUCACUCGCAAGACCGGCCACAUUUCUGUCCUGUUGAUGGGUGCCCUCGUGGUCUCGGCGGGAAAGGCUUCAAGCGCAAGAAUGAGAUGAUGCGACACGGUCUGGUACACAACUCACCAGGCUACGUCUGUCCAUUCUGUCCCGAUCAACAGCACAAAUAUCCCCGCCCAGACAAUCUUCAACGGCAAGUGGCUCUUCCAACUGACAUGUCCGUGUUCACCACGUCGAUAAAAAUAAAGACGACCCUAUCCUCCGGCAAGUCCUCGCACAGCGCCCGAUAG